AGACGCUCCAAAGUUUGGGAGCGCGGCGCGGAAACUCUCCAAAGAGUUUUCAGCUCGUGCUUCAGGACUGUGUUCAAGUAAAAGCAGACAGGAGGAAAGUUUCAGAGAAAAAAGAAGGAAACUGAGCCGCGGGGAGAGUCGGGAAAAGGCACAAGGGCGGAAUGGUCCUCCAGCCGAGCGGCACAUGUGAGCCAAGAGGCCACCGGUAAAACAUUUUUAUACUUCAAAGAAACAAGGGCAGAAAGACAAGAGGAGAGACUCUCUUAGAGCUGACUGUCAGGAGUGUCCUGUCACCUCGACACGAUGGUCUGCCUGCCCGGGUUCAGCUGGGUCUUCAUCAGCGCUCUCCUGCAUAUAGCGGCACCCCGGGGCGCAGCGCGGCCGGACAGACCGAGGCAGUGCGACACACCGAAGUCGCAAAGUGACAUGAACUCUUUCCUGUGGAAGAUCAAGCGAGCGCCUCCUCACCCUCCAUCUUAUUUAUUCGGUACCAUCCACGUACCCUACACCCGGGUCUGGGAUUUCAUCCCCGACCAGUCCAAGCAGGCUUUCCACAACAGCCGCAACGUUUUCUUCGAGCUGGAUUUAACCGAUCCUCUGACCAUCUCCAAGCUGACUAGCUGCCAGCUGCUCCCGCAUGGUGAGAACCUGCAGACUCUGCUACCUCGAGACCUGUACCGUCGUCUCAAGCGCCACCUGGACUACGUCAAACACAUGAUGCCGUACUGGAUGACCCCGGACCAGCGUGGCCGAGGUUUGUACGCAGACUAUUUGUUCAACGCUAUUGCAGGAAACUGGGAGAGGAAAAGGCCUGUGUGGGUGAUGCUGAUGGUGAACUCGUUGACGGAGUGGGACGUUCGUUCCAGGGGGACACCUGUGCUGGAUCUGUUUUUGGCUCAAGAGGCAGAAAGAAUGGGAAAGGCGACUGGGGCAGUGGAGCGGGUGGAGGAGCAGUGUCACCCCCUGAAUGGGCUGAACUUCUCUCAGGUGCUGUUUGCUUUGAACCAGACACUGCUGCAGCACGAGGGUGUCCGAGCAGGCAGCCUGCAGGGCUCCUUCACCACCGAGGACCUCAUUACCCACUACAACUGUGGGGACCUCAGCUCCAUCAUCUUCAACCAUGACACUUCACAGCUGCCUCACUUCAUCAAUAGCUCUCUGCCAGCUCAUGAUCGCACAACAGCCCAGCAGAUUGACAGCUACUUCCGCCAGGAACUAAUCUACAAACGCAACGAGCGUAUGGCUCGCCGCGUGUCCGCCUUGCUGCAGAGAAAUCCGAACCAGACAUACUUUUUCGCUUUUGGUGCAGGCCAUUUCCUUGGGAACCACAGUGUGUUGGACAUCCUUAGGCAGGAGGGCUAUGAGAUCGUCCACAUGCCCUCUGAUUACCAGGAGCCAAUCACAGAGACCAAACCAACUGAAGAACCUAGAGGGGAGUCAAAUGAGGGGACCACAGACACAAUUUCAACAUCUACCACCAGCUGGCUGACCACUCCACCAGAGACAGAGAUUGAGCUGGAGGAACCAGAUGACAUGCCCGGCCUCGGCGAUGAGGAGUUGCCUCACAUGCUGCGCCCUGACAGCCUGAGCCAGCUGGAGGAAUUUGGCCGACACAAACGUCCCCGUAAAGCCCAUCGGGGCGGCCAUGGCAGACCCCGCCUCUUCAGUGACCUGUGGGUUCGGAUUGGGGACAGCACUACUCCACCACCUAAUGUGAGGAUAAUCAACGGCUAUGUGACAGUGGAGCCUCCACUCACACAUUGGGAGCAGCGUAGACAGAUGGAGAUCUUUGCUGCUGAGCGUCAUCUCAGUCCAGCAUCCUCCACUGCUCCAUACCCCAGCUCUGCCCAGCCAGUGUCAGUCCACAGCACACUCACACUGUCCUGUAUUUUAGCCUGGCUUCUGUCACACAUGCUGUUCACCUCCUGACCAGAAGACAGCAUUUUCUAAUGGACAAAAACUCAAGACACUUCUGCCUCAGAGCAGUGGAAUGUACCUGAUAAACAACGAAUGACCAUCAGCACAUGCAGAAAUAAGACGGAGGAAUGUUGUAGUCUGGAAAUCACGUCCUCGAGUAGGACGGCCCUGGUGUUGGCCGUCCCCUACAAGAGGUGAUGAGCUCUAGUCCAUCAAAGUCUUUAUGAACUUCUGAAAAUGUGUGGAAUAAGCUCACAGCCAGGAAACAAGCAACAAGUAGACUUUGACUGAUGGCUUUGAAAGAGAGUCAUCAAACCUCAUGAAAGUAUUAUGGUUGAAUAACAAACACAAUGAAGACCUUUAACGCUGAAGAGUUUGUGUGGUGGAAUUAUCUACCAACUAAAAUCUGAAAUACAGUAGUGAAAUUAAGAUCAACAUUAAUGAUGAGAAUAGAAGAUACUAAUAAUGACUGAUGAAUGAGCUGAAUUCACAGUCAGCAGUACUGUGUAGGAGGUGGAGCUCUAUGUUGCCACUAUUGUAAAUUGUGCAUUUUGUUCAUAAAGAAAUAUUGUAUAUUUAUU